GUCCUAGGGAAUUACAACUCAUAGUCAUAAGGUGUUAAAUCAAUAGAAAAUUUUUGAAACGUUUUUGGUUUGCAAAAUGAAUCUAGAACGUUUUACUCUGGUGUCCAAUAAAGUUGUGGAGUUUAAAUCUACGUGGCGUACCGGAGAAUCACUAAAACUGGUAGAUACUUCCAUUGGUACCGAUCCACCGGCACCAAAAGUCGAUGCAGGAACGGCACCGAUUGAACGAAAGGAUGUUGCGAUUCAAACUGGAGGUUCUCCUCGGCAUGUUUCAGUCACGUGUGACGAUGCCAAGUUAUCCAAUUGGUUGCAAAAAAUUUACCCUCUGGUUGACGAAGAGCUAUCUGCCGGCGUUACCGAAAGCUUCGAUGUCAACGAUAACUUCUGCGAUUCGACCGAAAGGGUAACCAUUCGUAAGCAUCAAGAGCUAAUGUUGAAACCAUCGAACCCCGGUACGUCCCAGAAGCUUAGCAUGGGCGCGGCCGCAUGGCUUUCGAUUGCAACAAGAGACGCUCCUCUAUUAGUUCUCGCAUGUAGCUCAUACCACGAGGCUUGGUGUGAUCAUACUUACUCAUCAAUAACGGCAUUCACUCCACGACGUGACUCCUAUGGAUCAGUUCAAUGGGUCGAGCUGUGCAGUAAUCCCGUCAAGGCGUGCAUUGAAACCCUGGAAACCAAUCCGUUCAAUAAAGACAUGUUCGCCGGAGGAACCGUGUCUGGCGAUGUUUACAUCUGGCACUACGAAUUGAACCUCAAGAAUGAACAAAAUUCAUUUUCGGAAUUGUUCUCCGAAACAACGGACUUUGGUAAGGUGGUUGACAUGGCGUGGAUGAAACCCAAUCCGUUGACCAAAGAUUUUGGUUUGCUGUCCUGUCACAGCGAUGGAAUAGUAAUUUUAUGGAAAAUCGGCAAGCAUAUUGGGAAAGAUAAGACAUUUCGUAUAACGACAUCUGCUUCCCCUCAGAAAGCAAUAAUGCUCACGCAAAUUCUGGCCAUUUCCAAUUCGGAGUUUGUAGUCGGCACCGUCGAUGGAAGCAUCUUACUCUGUUCAAUUACUCAACUCAUACCAAUAGGAAAAGGUUCAAAUGGUUCCGGAGCACCAUCAUCUUCCAAUGCGAAAAGUUUCUUUGCCCCAGCGAUUACAGAACUGCAAUCGCACUCGUUUGCCGUAACGACGCUACUAAAAAUGGAAAAUUCGAGGCAACAAUUUCUUAUCAGUUGUGAUCUAACUGGAGAAGUUUACUUUCACGACAUCUCGGAUGCUAUUAAUUCGACACCUACGUUGAUUAUAAAGAUGCCUCUACCGUUUAAAAAUAAAAUCAUUUGCUCGGACGAUAUGCGCUUUAUUCUGAGUCCCAACAAUGAUGGGAUUUUGGAUGUAUACAAAAUUGAUAGUGGCACGCAAGAAAGCAUUGAAUCGGGCGGAUUAAGCGGAAAACCCGGUUUAAUCAGGUCUAGUACUAAUGGGAAGUGGCUAAUCACAGGACCUUACGAUGGAGGCUUCAUCAUUUACUCAGUCUAUAAAGACGUAUAAGCAAUAUGAGUAUUGUUAGUUAGUUACUGAUUUACCAUCAAUCACAGACAAAUCUUUCAAACGGUAAGUAUAACAAGAGCAGCAAUCAACCAUUAAAAAGGUGAGCGAUGAACAGUGACGAAAGUGCGACACGUAUGUUUGUCUGUGAUUUAGUUUAGUAUCGGAAUAAUUGAAUACUUCCAAAAACAGGAUGUCUGCUCAUUUACAGAAAUACAAUUCCCUGAUAUUUCCAGGUUUAGAAAAAUAAUUGCAGGUUCAAGUAAUUCUCUAAAAUACAUAAAUGAUUGACGUAUGUUU